AAACAACACAACUCUUGAUGCGAACCAGCCACGCCCACGCAUUUGACAGAAAGAAAGCACAACCAAACAGACCAAAACUCAAGAAGAAAGAGAAAAUCAACAAGAUCAAACCACAAAUUUUAUUUCAUUUCUUGGUACGAAGACAGCGAAGUUGCGGCAACUUCCUAAUUUGUCUCCACCCUAUCCGCACACAAACACACUUUUCAGCACUUCAUCGUCAACCCCAAAUUAUUCCAACCCUUCCAUUUCUUCAAUCAAUUUUGCAGAAAUCGACAAGAAGAUGAGUUUUGCCGAUUUAGAGGCAGGUAGACCGUUGCCUUCUAUACGAAGGCAGCAGCAGCAACAAGAUCCUUCUCAGGCUGUUGCAGCGGGUAUUUUUAAGAUUAACACGGCCGUGUCUUCUUUUCAACGUCUUGUUAAUACCCUUGGUACUCCAAAAGAUACCCUUGAUCUUCGCGAUCGAUUACAUAAGACGAGGUUACAUAUUGGGCAGUUGGUAAAAGAAACCUCAGCAAAGCUUAAGGAAGCCAGUGAAACUGAUCAGCGCUUUGAAGUCGGUGCUAGCAAAAAAAUUGCUGAUGCUAAACUUGCUAGAGAUUUCCAAACAGUUCUUAAAGAAUUCCAGAAGGCACAACGACUUGCAGCACAGAGGGAAACUGCAUAUUCUCCCUUUGUUCCAAAAGAAGUUUCAGCUUCUGGGUGCAGGUCUAGUGGAAAUGAUGAAGAGAUUAGCUCAUUUCAAAGGCAGGAGCAGCAGUCCCUUUUAUUGGAGUCUAGAAGACAGGAGGUAGUGCAUCUGGAUAAUGAGCUGGUUUUUAAUGAGGCUAUUAUAGAAGAGAGAGAGCACGGGAUUCAGGAAAUCCAACAGCAGAUCGGUGAAGUGAAUGAAAUUUUUAAAGAUUUGGCAGUGCUUGUUCAUGAUCAGGGUGUUAUGAUCGAUGAUAUCAGUUCAAACAUUGAAGGUUCCCAUGCUGCAACUACGCAAGGAACUACCCAACUUCUAAAAGCUUCAAAGUACCAAAAAUCUAGUUCUUCUUUGGUUUGUUUGCUCUUGGUGAUAUUUGGAAUCAUCCUUCUCAUUGUGGUCAUAAUUGUUGUGUUUUGAAGAGGAAAACACCUUCAAAUCUAGUGUUGAAUUUCAAGCAACCAAAUUUAUGCCCGCACCAUGUCUUUGAACCAACGGUGCUGCAAGAAUGUUCAGGAGUGUUAAGGUUGCUCUGUGCUGGUAAAUAAAAGAUUGACCUAAUACUUGUACAGUCUCCUAAAAUAUUAUCUUGUCCGUUUCUGACCUGUGUCAAUGGAUGCUAUUACUUAAUAAUAUGUACAAAUGAAUAGUAUAUCCAUAUAUGUAUGUGUCUUUUUUUUCUUGGUUUGAAAAAUAUGCUGAAAAUGGGUUUAGAAUUUUUGGAAUCAUGGCUCUUUGCCUCUAGGCAUCAAACAGCUUGUUUCGGUUUUUAAAGAUGACUACAGAGGAAAUCGAAGAGAUUAGAGCUA